CUGCCCGAAUUGCAGUGUAAAUUCUUUUCGUAAUUUUCUGCCAGUAUUUUUUCGCGAUGAAACUGAAGGGUUUAUGAAGCAAGUAGUGAGUUAAAUCUUUGCAAACCAUUUAAAACGAGACAGAAGUGCAUUUAAUGGAAUUGAAAUUCACAGGUUUUGACUGAAUAGAUCAGUAUAUCUAACAAGUUUCUCAUACUUAAACAUUUUUAUAAUCAAAAUACUUUAUUAGGAAUGUAUUUAAUGAAUUUACUUAAAUAGUCACUUGUUAUUGGCACCAGAAAUUAAGUGAUUUUUUAUUUGUACCGUCAGCCUAAUUAUCGCCAUGGUGCCUUCUGCUUCCAACAAGCCGUCGCUGUCGCGGCUGGAAGUGAACUUCCUGCGCGUGUUCCGCGAGACGCAGCAGAUGGCGAGCGGGGCCAAGCCUCGCAGCUGGUCUUUUGAAAAGUUGCUGCGAUGUCGCCGCCUCGUGGUGUUGUACGGCAGCGAGACUGGCACCGCUCAGCAGGUCGCCGAGAGGGUCGUCAGAGAGGCUCACCGACGACGAUUUACCUCAGUCGUUCUGGAGAUGAACUCUGCUGACGUUGAUCUGCUGAGAGGAGCUUUCCCUGAUCUGCAGGCAGGACUGUUGCCCCCUGCCUGCCUGUCGGACGCUUCCAAACAGCGCUUGAACGAGAUUGUCCUGAGCGCCGUCAAGGAUAAAUCUUUAAUUCAAAAAGUGUCACCUGCUUUUGAUGGUGCAUCAGCAGCGCAGACCGAUUCGCGAAUAAUGUCUUCCGUCGAACAUUUGAAUUUGGUUUCUUCUGAUGAUAAUUCUGCAAUGGUACCUACUACUACGGCCCGUAUUUUGCCUGUUCUGACUUGCAAUGCGUUAGAGCCUACCGAGAACUCACAAGGAUCCGGAUUUGAUGAAUUUAAUGAUGUUUUUGAAAAUAAUUCCGUAAUGGAUGCGCUAUACUCAGUCCUGCCACCGCUCUGUGUGGUAUGCGUAGCCGCUACCACUGGCCAAGGUGACGACCCUGAAAACAUGAAAAAGUUUUUUGAGAAUCUCUGGAACCUGCGGUCGGAUCGUCAGUUACUACGUGGGGUAAACUUUGGAGUGUUGGCUUUGGGCGACAGCUCGUACCAAAAGUUCAAUUACAGCGGUAAGCGCAUGAACAAUUUGCUCCGUCUCCUCGGAGCUCAGCCUGUUCUUCCUAUUGGUCUUGCCGACGACCAGCACGAUCUAGGGCCAGACUUCGUCGUCGACUCGUGGCUUGCACAGCUAUGGCAGAAGCUGGAGGAACUUUACCCACUGCCUGAAGAUGUCGCGCCUAUGGCUUCUCAUGAACUUCCACCUCCUCGUUUCAAAGUUGAAUUUCUAGAUGAAUUCGACUCAGAAACUUCUGCUGUUGAUGAACCUGUAGGCUAUGUUCAAGGUAAUUUCACCUCAUGCUCACUAACAAAAAUAGAGCGUGUAAGCGCCCCUGGACACUUCCAAAACGUCCAGCUUGUAGAGUUCGACGUUUCGCAUAUGGAAUACAAGCACAAACCUGGUGACGUGCUCAUGAUUAAACCUGAAAAUCUGUCGUCUCACGUACAAGAAUUCCUCGAUGUCAUUGGGUUGGAUAGGUCUCGUAAAUUUCGCGUUCGUCCAUCUGAGCCGAACACAAACGUCAGUGAUGUCCCUCCUUGGCUGCUAAGUGGUUGCACCAUAAAAAAAUGUGUCACUAAAUACCUAGACAUAAUGUCAGUGCCUAAGCGGUACUUCUUCGAGCUUCUUAGCUUCUUUACCACCGAUGAGAUGGAAAAAGAGAAAUUCCUGGAGUUUGCAUCCUCUGUGGGACAGCAAGAGUUGUACGACUAUUGCAACAGACCCAAACGAUCCAUCGUUGAAGUUUUGGCCGACUUUCCUCAUGUUAAUAAGAAUAUUCCUUUUGAAUAUCUAUUCGACGUCAUUCCUAGUCUGAAGCCGAGGGCUUAUUCCAUCGCAAGCUCGAGUGCUCUUAUCCCUGGCAAGGCGCAAAUUUUAAUGGCUGUCGUAAAUUACAGAACAAACCUGAGACGACCAAGACUCGGCGUUUGCAGCAACUGGCUUGCCGCGCUGCGGCCGCAAGACACAGUACUUUUAAGUAUAAAGAAAGGAUCCCUCAGGUUCACAUUACCAAGCGAAAAUGUCACUCCGGUUCCGCAAAACCAUCAGACUUACGAACAAGUUACGGCACCACAAACUUGUUCACCACGCGAUGGUGUUCAAGCAUUGGAAGGGGCACAUGAAGAGGAGAAUUUUACCACUUCAUCAUCGCUGCCACCAGUUAUUAUGAUUGCUCCAGGGACCGGAGUUGCUCCAUUCCGGUCGUACAUACAAGAGAGGAUAGCUUUAGGCCUUACGUCUGCUCCUAUGAUCCUCUUCUUUGGGUGCAGAGGCAAAAACACUGACUUUUUCUUCGAAGAAGAAUGGCGUCGGUAUCACCCAAGUCUGGAACUUUAUACCGCGUUCUCCCGGGAUCAGGAGGACAAAAUUUACGUUCAGCACCGCAUCCGUGAACAAGCCCAGCGUUUAUGGCCUCUAAUUCAUCAAGCCGAUGCUCAGGUCUUCCUUGCUGGCAACGCCAAACGAAUUCCUAUCGACGUACACGAAGCGCUCACAGACGUCUGCAAAUUUGGACUCUGUGACGACAAAUUGGCUGACGUCUACAUGAAGAAUUCUUUGGGCAAACGAUACCAAACUGAGACUUGGGCAUAAUUAUUCGCUUAUUUGUAACAUGCAACGUAAUUUAAAUAGAUUAAUAUGUUGCUGUAUCUACACUGAGCAUUUGUGUCAGGAAAAAAGAUAACUCAGUCAUAUUUCUUCAAACGAUUUAAGCGCUUGCAAAUUGCUCAAAGCUAUUCAUUCUGAAUGUUCCUGUUCAGUAUAUGAAUUUACUCAUUCCUUUAUCAAAUUGAUUUGAUACGGUACUCAUCAAACUGAAUCGAAAAUUUUUUUCAAUGGAGAGUGAUGCCGUCUUCUGUCAGUUUGUCACUAGAAUUUAGCGGGAUAAUUUCUUCAGAGUUUUCUUCCCUGGUCUGUGUGUAAGACUUUUUCAAGCUGAGAUAUUGCAUGUAAAGUAGCAGUCGUCGCUGGCGGCAAACUGCCUUGUAUCAUAAUUCUGGGAUGUGAAUUAACUGUAGUAUUGUACAAAUUGGUUCAUUAAAUACUUGAAAUGGA